AAUAACAAAGAAGCAAUAUAUAGAGCAUGGUAAAGCUUCUAUUUUUCCUCGUUUUAUCUUCUUUCUGGUGAGCCACUGUAUUUUUUAAACUGAAAGUGGGUGUAGUUUAACCUUCUGAAAUCUAUUGUGUCUGGUAUGUUGAUCAGUGGAUUGCCCCUCUACAUACGGACGGAGAAGGUAAUGUGUCAGAAAUAAGACAUACAUAAAUAACUAAAAUAGCUGCAAAGGAUGGGUGGUUGCUGUUGCUCUUCAAGGAAGCCUCCCCAGCUUCAUGGAACACCAGUUUUUUACUAUUUCCCACCAGUUUCUGAAGAGUAUGAAUCGCUGACAUCUGAUGAUAGCGCUGCUACUGCAUUUACGUCUGGCCUCCUGGAUGAUUUGAACCUAGAUAGAUCAACACCCAACACUUACCGCUCUCCACCUGCACCAAUUCCAUUUGAAGUAGUUUUGGGGCAUCCACAGUCAAGAGGGUCCCAGUUCACCGAUGAAACAGUACUUCAACAUAGCUAUGAGAUGACUACUUGUAAAGAUAUCAGGUUAUCUAAUUGCAAAGCUGAAACGGAGUCUCUUCUUGCCUCCCUAAAGAAAACAGGGAUUGACCUUCUAAAAUCUAAGUCACCUAUUAUUAAAUCAGCAGAAGAAGAGGAUGUUUGUCCCACUUGUCUUGAAGAGUAUGAUGCUGACAAUCCAAGAAUAGUCACAAAAUGUAACCACCAUUUUCAUCUUUCAUGCAUCCUUGAGUGGAUGGAAAGAAGUGAAACAUGCCCAAUAUGCAACCAGGAAAUGAUAUAUGAAGCUCUAUGAAACUUUUCUAAUCGAAUGUUCCUUAGCUGGUAGAUGUCAACACCUGCCUAUACAAGCAGUAUAAACACAUGAGGGCUGUUAUUUUUCACUUGGAGGCUUGGCCUUGUUCACUCAUAAAAAAUGUAAAUUAUCUAUGUAUAUGAAGCUUGUGUUAGUAAAUCCUGCUGUUGAUGAAGAUCAACCGAUGCGCGCGUUGCAUAUUUGCUGAAGGGAGCUAAUUGCAGCCCAAGAACAAAAAGAAGCUUUAGUGUUGCAUUUGAUGUUUGGGAAAUUAAAUUCUGAAUCAGAUGCUUUCAAUUGUGCUACUGAGUGUUGUGCAUGUACUCUUUUCUUGUAAUUUUAUGUUCAACUGCUGUACAGAUUCUUCUGUCAAAGAUAAUAGCAAUGGCAUAUUCCCCAAGUUUUAUA